GAGAGAGAGACUAGGGGCCUGUGAAAAGCAGAGCAUAUGGUCUCGUGACGUAACGCCGGUCGUUGCGGACGUUCUGACAACACUGCCCGUGUGUGUGUGUGCGCGCGCGCGCGCGUGUUUGUGUGCGCCCGCUGCUCAGGAUUACUCCCGACGUAUCCUAACCCAACAAACCGUCUCAUCUCUGAUGCAUUCCGCAAAACACGCGCCACAAUAAGCAAUGAACACCGUGACCGCCGCCACCUGCCUGCUCGUCGCCGGCUUCAGCUGCUAUAUGUACGGCAGCGAUGUCUUGUUAUCGCUGCUCCGUGUCUCUCUUGCAGACUCCUCCAUGCCCGAGCCGGGAGCUGCUCCGCGGCGGAGCCCGCAGGGAGUACCCUACGCCGACCUGCCGCACAUCGUCAACGCCGACGGACUGCACCUGUUCUGCCGCUACUGGGAGCCCGCCGCCCAGCCAAGGGCUCUGGUGUUGAUUGUCCACGGGGCCGGGGAGCACUGUGGGCCGUACGAUGAGAUCGCACAGAAGCUGAAGGAAGUGUCGCUGCUGGUGUUUGCACACGACCACGUUGGCCAUGGUCAGAGUGAAGGAGAGAGGAUGAACGUCAAAGACUUCCAGGUUUACAUCAGAGACUCACUGCAGCACGUUGACCUGAUGAAGUCCUGCCACCCAGACCUGCCCGUCUUCAUCGUGGGUCACUCCAUGGGUGGUGCGAUCUCCAUCCUGACGGCCUGUGAGAGGCCCGCUGACUUUGCCGGAGUGGUUCUGAUAGCUCCGAUGGUCCAGAUGAAUCCAGACUCGGCCACGCCGUUCAAGGUUUUUAUGGCGAAGGUCCUAAACCACAUGCUGCCGAGCCUCACUCUUGGCUCCAUCGAUUCCAAAUGGAUCUCACGGGACAAGAAGCAGGUGGAGACAUAUGCCGCUGAUGAGCUGAACUUCCACGGUGGCAUGCGGGUGUCGUUCGCCAUGCAGCUGAUGGGGGCGACGGCGCGCAUCGAGAGGGAGAUCCCGUCCAUCAGCUGGCCCUUCCUGCUCCUGCACGGCGAUGACGACAAGCUCUGCGACAUCAGAGGCUCCAAGAUGAUGUACGAGAACGCUCCGGCCUCAGACAAGAAAAUCAAGGUUUUCGAGGGAGGCUACCACAGCCUUCACCACGACCUCCCAGAGGUGGUCGAGUCCGUGCUGAAGGAGGUGACCAGCUGGAUCACAGAGCACCUCCCUCUUAUGACUUCGCAGCAACCGCAAGGCUCCUAGAAUCGGGACUUUGACAAACCGGUCAGCGCUCCAAGGGAACUGCCAACCUCAUUCCAAGAGGCCUGCUCACUUUCCAGUCAGGCAAAACAACACUACUACUACACUCUCUGGCCUGGGUAAUACAUUCGGGCAUGUAGACUUUAUUUUCUCUGUAUAAAAAGCGUAAUGACUUCAUCCUCUGGGCACAAACUGUACAAAACUAAAUAUGUCAACCUCAAACUAAGUUACUCUGAUUUAAAUUGGAUGAUGGGGUCAGAAACCACGUCUUAUUGUACUUCAGUUUCCCUGCAAAGCAUUUGAUCAGGGAUGUGUCUCAUGUAUUACAGUCAGCGGGCUUAUUUGGCAACCAUGUGAUCAUCUCCAGUGGACCUCACUGGGGUGCAGCUCAAGUUAAUUAAAAUGUAAGCUACAAUGUGCUGGGGUUCAAAGUGCAAUAAUAAAGUUUCCUCCACAUUUAUACACACAAGUUUAAGAAUUACAUUAUUAAUCUGCACAGGCACAUUUCCUCUUUGCUCAUCCACCCUGAGGAGACAGGUCAGAGGUCAGGAUCAGCAGGGGGACAGCCCCUCUGGAGCCGCUGUCGGUCCAGUGCAGGGUGAGCGAUCAACAUCUCGGUCCUCACGUAGCUCUACUGUCAGCAGCGUAUGAGUAACACACAUCAGUGGAUACAAAACAGAUUUGACGGAGACAGUUUUGAUAGUCUUUUGACACUUAUAUAGUAACUUAUAAACUUAUUCUGUAAGCACGUGACUGUAUAUAUAACAAAUCCUCUCUUCUCCUGACUUCCGCAUCUCCCGAUUCUUUGGCACGGUAUUACAUUACUUCCCCACCACCUCCAUUUAUUGACUGAGUUACCAAUGGACACGACGACUCUCAAAGGGUGCAAAGUUCAAAAGCCCCCCCCCCCCCCCCCC